AUGAGCUUCCAAGAUGCCGAUGGAGGGAGAUAUUCGGGACGGUCGCGGUCCCAGUGGGGCCAGACCUACCAGGCGGGCGGCGGGGCCGCCUAUCGACCGAACACAUCGAGCUACAUGGGGGCGCCCGGCCAGGACUUCGAGAGGCUCUACCAGAUCGUGGCGAACAACAUCAAAUUGAUCAAUCAGAACGUCAACCAAAUCGCCACCAUGGUGAAGACGAUGGGCAACCCGAGCAGAGACUCGCACGACAUGCGAAUCAAGCUCAGGGAUAUGAUCGAGGACACAAAGAGGAUCGCUGCCGAGGCUAACAAAUCCUUCAAGGAUCUCUCACACUCACAGACCAUGAAUCCUGCGGAGGACAAGAGGAGGACGAGCAAGCUGAGGAACGAUUUCCAGGCGUGCCUGGAAAGGUUCCAGGACGUCUCGAAGGUGGCCAUCAACAAGUCCAACGAAACCGUUGCACCCAAGCCCACCAAGGGCGGGCUCCUCUCCAACCCUGCUCCGUUCAUGGACGAGUCUGAAGAUGAGCAGCACAGCCUCAUGCAGUCGCAGAAAAGGCAGCAGCUGAUGCAGCUCGAUGCCGACAGGGACUUCCAGAGCGCGCUCAUCGAGGAGAGGGAGGAGGGCAUCAAGCAGAUCGAGUCCACCAUCCAGGAGGUGAACGACAUUUUCGUCGACCUCGCCACGCUCGUCAACGAGCAGGCGGGCAUGGUCGACAACAUCGAGAGCCACAUCGAUUCGACCGUCUCCAACACGGGGCGGGGCGUGGUGGAGUUGCGGAAAGCUGCCGAGUACCAGCAAGCCGCGCGUACCAAGAUGUGCUGCCUGGUGGUCAUCAUCCUGGCCGUCGUUGCCGUGGUGGUCGUGGCCCUCGUCCUCGGCAUCUCUCUUUCCCUCCGCUAA